CCGGCGCGCCGGGACGGCGGGCAUCUCGGGGCACCGGGCGGAGGCGCGGCGCGCGAGGAGGGGUGCGGGUGGUCGCGGGCGCCAGCGCCAUGAACGCGGCAGUGGUGCGGCGGACGCAGGAGGCUCUGGGCAAGGUGAUCCGGAGGCCGCCGCUCACCGAGAAGCUGCUGAACAAGCCGCCGUUCCGCUACCUGCACGACAUUAUCACUGAGGUGAUCAGGAUAACUGGCUUCAUGAAGGGCCUCUAUACAGAUGCUGAGAUGAAGUCAGACAACGUCAAGGAUAAAGAUGCAAAAAUUAGCUUCCUACAGAAGGCCAUAGAUGUGGUCAUGAUGGUCUCAGGAGAACCCUUGGCAGCAAAACCAGCUCGAAUCGUGGCUGGGCAUGAACCUGAGAGAACCAAUGAGUUGCUUCAGUUGAUUGGCAAGUGCUGCCUCAACAAGCUCUCCAGUGAUGAGGCAGUGAAGAGAGUCUUAGCUGGGGAGAAGGGAGACUCGAGAGGACGGGCCGUACGGACCUCCAAAGCACCCGAGUCUGACAACAAGGGCGUGAAGGAAGAAGAGUCCAGAACUCAUAAAGAGGACAAAAGGAACUCUGAGGUGAAGGAGAGAAGCACAAGCGCAGAGCACAAGCAGAAGGAGGAACUGAAGGACGAAAACAAACCACGGGAGAAGGAGAGGGACAAGGAGAAGGCCAAGGAGCCUGACAGAGACCGACACAGAGACUCUGACAAGGACAGAAACAGAGAAGGAGAACGGGAGAAAGCCAGAACACGGGCCAAGCAGGACAGGGACAGAAGCAACAAAGACCGGGACAGAGAAGCCGAAAGGGACAAGGAGAGAGACAGGAGGAGUGAGGGCGGGAAAGAAAAAGAGAGGCUGAAGGACCGAGACCGCGACAAGGGGAAAGACCGGGAACGGCGGAAAACGAAGAACGGGGAGCAUUCCCGGGACCAUGACAGGGAGAAAAGCAGAGAUCCAGACAAGCCAGAGAGAAAGUCAGCAAGCUCAGGGGAGAUGCCUAAAAAGUCAGAUGGAUCCUUCAAAGAUGCCAAAGCAGAGAUGGAGGCUGAGGUUUCUGCGGGAGCAUCCAGGUCCUUGCCAUUAAAAGCAUCAAAACGGCGAUCCAAGAAUUCACUGGAAGGUGACUCUCCCAGUGACGCAGAAGGAGAAGCUGGACCUGCUGGCCAAGAUAAGCCCGAGGUGUCAGAGAAUGCCGAAGUCCCCAGUGAACUUUCCUCCAAUCUCAGAAGAAUACCUCGGCCUGGGAGUGCACGACCAGCACCUCCCAGGGUCAAACGACAAGAGAGCACUGAGACCUUGGUAGGAGACAGGUCAGGAAAUGGUAAGACUGUCUCCAAUGUGAUCAUCGACUCACAGAAUUCUGACAACGAGGAUGAUGAGCAGUUUGUGGUGGAGGCCGCCCCUCAGCUUGCAGAAAUGUCAGAAAUUGAAAUGGUGCAGGCAGGGGACCUGGAGGAUGAGGAGAAGCACGGUGGGCUUGUGAAAAAGAUCUUGGAGACGAAGAAGGAUUAUGAGAAACUGCAGCCGUCCAAGCCUGGCGAGAAGGAGCGCUCACUGAUCUUUGAGUCAGCCUGGAAGAAGGAGAAGGACAUUGUGUCGAAGGAGAUAGAGAAGCUCCGCGUGUCCAUCCAGACCCUGUGUAAGAGCGCACUGCCCCUGGGGAAGAUCAUGGACUACAUCCAGGAGGACGUCGAUGCCAUGCAGAACGAGCUGCAGCUGUGGCACAGCGAGAACAGGCAGCAUGCCGAGGCCCUGAGCAAGGAGCAGAGCAUCACAGACAGUGCAGUGGAACCCCUGAAGGCCGAGCUGUCUGAGCUGGAGCAGCAGAUCAAAGACCAGCAGGACAAGAUCUGUGCCAUAAAGGCCAACAUCCUAAAGAACGAGGAGAAGAUCCAGAAAAUGGUGCAUAGUAUCAACCUGACGUCCCGAAGGUGAACGGCCAGUCCUGCAGAGAUGGAGCCCCCAUCCUCAUGAUGGGAGAAAAGGCAGGAAACUGUCACUCUGAGUCCCAGUCUGUUGAGAAAAUGGACUGCAGAUGCCCGGACCCAGCUAGCUACAGAACUUUGGGUUUAGGCGCUAAACUUAUUAAAAGGCCGUGUUGUUUUACCUCCUUCCAGCUGCAGUGCUCGCUACUUUAGUCUUCAGCUCGCCUUUGUGGGAGGGCUUGUUUCUUUGUUCUUUGGCAAAUAUGUUUUCUGCUGAAGCCUGUUUAAUCCUGCCCCCGAAUUUUCUAGCAGGUAAGUUGUGUCACCCCACUGGGGAAACGGCAGGUCUUUAUUUCGGCUUUUGAGUCUCCCAGGAGGACUGACUUCCUACCAGCACCAAGCAAAGAGUGAUUGUGUACUUUUUGGUGGGUACUUAAAAAUAGAACGAGGCUUGAAAUGAUUAAGUUACAUUUUGAUUUCUACCUGAAAGGGGUCAUUUCAGCCUGUGUCCUUGUAAGGUGCCUGUCACCUGUGUGGGAAUGCUGCCCUCUUACUAUUGCCCGUGCUUCGGGGCAGUCCCCUCAUGGCCCUGCUGUCUGCUUUUCUUGACCCUUGAAGUUCAGAUGCCGAAAGAGAAUUCAGUCUGGCCUUUAUGGACGUUGUCUGAUGGGAAACUGUCCCGGGCCGCCUCCUUGGCUUUCUUCAGCCUCUAGGGUACUCCCCAUGGAUAAGCAGUCCCCCAGGCCCCCAGACCUUGUAGCGUGAAGGGCAGCACAGUUCUUUUCCUUCAUGUAGGUGCAUGCACCAAGAGCUGGGAGUGCCGAGAGACUAAGGAAGAGAGUACACCAACUUAGAGUUUGUGUUUGUUUUCCUUUUUUAAAGGUGCAUAAAUUAUUUUUUUAUGGUUUAUAUUCAGUUUUUCGCCUACAUAAAGUACUGUAAAUACUUCCUAAGGUCUUGAAUUAUUGUAUAAAGGGUCUCACUGUCUUUGGAGGUUCUUACCGGCUUAAGGUCUGAGAUGACCCUCAUGUUUCUGAGUAUUUAUUAUGUUCACCAAGGCGAGCCCUGGUAAGUGUGAAGACUGCCUGAGCACAUUUUGUUUCCUAAAGACUUACACACGGCACAGCUAGUGUUUCUCAGUCAGUGGAAGGCAGCAGCCGAGUUCUCAACUGGGGGCUAUAGGGACAGUAUGUAGACUCCCUUCAGCUGGUAGGAGUUCUCCUUGCUGAAGCACAGCACACUACUCUGCCAACCAGAUGCUUCUGAAUAGUUUGAGGGGGAGGGAAGGAUUGUUUGUCAAUAGUCUUUUGUAUGUUCAUAAUCUCUUUUCUAAUAAAUUGAAUGACUUAGCCAUAACCCUAAGUGAACCCUAUGCAGCCCAAGUUAAGAUAUAUAUAAAAACUUUUUGAAUUUGUAUAUAUGAAUAGAAUUUUUAUGUUGCAAAAUUAUAUACACUGUAUGUGAGUAAAUUUUAUAUUCUGUAGUCUAUCAGAUUGUACCAUAAAGUUUUAUUUUUCUUUUAUACAUAAAUCAUUAAAAUAAUCACCUAUUUUUC